UUCCCCUUACACUUUCUCUCCGUCUCUGAUACCAUUGUUUCCUUUCACUUUCGCAAUGGCUGAGCAGAUUCCAUUAAAGCGCCAAAGAGAAGAAACCCAGAUUCCAGAUGAAGAAACAAAACGCCAUAAGUCCUACAAUCACAUCCUCUCUUUGCUUGAAGCAGAAGAGGACGAGCCAAACCAGGACUUGUCUCCUCUCAUCACCACUUUACAACACGAACUUUCUUCCGACACCGUUUUAGAUGACAUCUUUAUUUACCCAACAACUAAUACACCAGAAGCAGACCAAGAAAACCCUAGACCCACAACCAAAAAAGAUAAUACCGACACCGGCAUCGGCACCGUAGAUGACUAUACCUCGGCGACUUCUUCCCUGAAAGAAGACGGGGGAACGCAGGAUGAUAAAGAGCAAGUCAUACGGCAUUUGCUUGAGGCUUCCGAUGAUGAGCUUGGGAUUCCUAAUAGAGAAGCUGCUUUUGAGUUUGAACAAGGUCUUGACAAUGGAGGAAAUGGAUUUGCUUUAUGUGAUAGGUUAUGGGAACUUGAAGACGAGGCUGCUAAUUACUAUACCUUGUUGCAGUCUGAAUUUUUCCUCUAGUAAUGGCUUUUGAAAGGAUUGAAAGACAAAAUCAGAAAAAGCAAACCGU